UAUAUCAUUUCCACGACCACGUUUAUUGAAAUUUAAUUUGAGGUGUUGAGCUUAAAUUUUUAAGAAUGGAUGCAGAUACAACUUUUUCUGUUGCAAAGGAAUUCUGUCCGAGAUGUGGCACUAUUUUACCCUUUCCAGAGCGGGGCAGUUUGGACGUGUACUGUAAAAAAUGCUCUUAUCAAACAAGUGCCACAGACACCUGGGCAGAUGUAGUCUACCAUUCUCACCGGAAAAUGAAUGAGCGUAGGACAAGAAAAACAGAAAGGGGCCAUCCAUCCGAAGAUCUAGGACCUGUGGUUGACCGAGCAUGUUCUCACUGCGGCCAUGACGGGCUUCACUAUCACACCAGACAGACCAGAUCUGCUGAUGAAGGGCAGACCGUCUUCUACUUUUGUCCCAGUUGCAAAAAACAGGAGAUUGAGCAUUCCUGAUACUUGUUUCCUUUGAUGCUGUUUUCAUCUAUGGCACUAGAAUGGAUAUAUGGACUAUGUAUAUGCAGAUUUAUGACAAGUGACAUAUUCCAGCCUGUCUGACUGCAAGGUUUUAUGCUGAUGAACUGUUAACUACAAGUGUACUUCAUGAGAGCAGAGACAACAAUAUCUAAGUGAGGGUGAUGGGAGAGUCAGUAACUGGACACAUACAGAUAUAUACUAUUCCUCAGAUUGCAAGGGGCAUCUUGGACAUGAAGCAUGUGAAUGAGUUCUAUCCGCACUCAGGGGAUUUCUUAGGGG